AUGUCUCCAAAAGAAUUAUUCACAAAGUACUUGAAGUUUCAACGGAAAAAGAAACAAGAAGAAACCGACCAUUCCAAACCUGCACCUGCACCUGCACCUGCACCUGUCAAAUCCACCCCAACCCGCAUACCAGAUGUUGUGGAACAACUUCAAAAGAGGCCCGUAAACAGGCCCAGGUCUAUUAGUCCUCGGUAUACAUCUACGAGCCCCCAAGCUGCCAAUGAUGGAGGGAGCUACCUCGUGGGGAACAUCUAUGGAGGGGUUUCAAGUACUGGGGCUCAUCAUGGCGGUGGUCAUAAGGAUGGAGGCCAGUGGGGAUGGACAGGUGUAGAAGACGGAGCAGACGGUUCUCAUCAUGAUAGUGGAGGAGGUAGUGGAGGAGGUAGUGGAGGAGGCAGCGGAGGAGACAGUAGUGGAGGAUGUAGCAGUGGUGAUGGAGGUGGUAGUGGUGGAGGAGGAGGAGGAGGCGACGGCGGCGGUGGUGGUUGCUAA